CCAAAGUUAGACUAGCUUAGAAUGCAGGUUUCUUGCUUACUACUAGGACUUUUUUAUUUCCUUAGUCCUGGCCAGGGCCAAGAGGUGGACGAAUAUGAUUUUGUUCCGCCCAAGGGCUUUGCCAGAUCUGUGAUAAACAUGGACGAGUUGCUCUAUUUGGAAGACUUUCUAGUAUUGAACUUGGAGCAAUACAUAGAGGCCCUGUCCCAGAAAGCUAAUACUAUAAGGAUGGGAAUACAAGAGAUGACAACCAGAUAUAAGGAAAGGCUGGAAUCCGGACUAAAGCCAGCCUGGAAUCCCUUCAAUAGUUACUCCCUCAUUCGACACAUGCAAUCGGAUUGGAUGAUGUGGCAAGUGUAUUUGAAGAAACCUGUGGGUCAGGAGCAACUUAAUUACCUGAACUCAAAGAUGCAGCUGUUGCCGCAGGACAUCGACUUUCAGGACGCAGCUGAAGGAAUCUGGAUGAUCCAAUCAGUUUAUGAAAUGUCAGCCUUUGACAUAGCCAGUGGAUUGCUGGAUGGAGUACAAUACAACGCCUCGCUAACAGCUCGUGAUUGUUUGGAAAUGGGUCGUCACCUCAUGAAUCAAUCGCAUUGGAACGAAGCCAAGGAGUGGAUCGACACUGGCAUUGAGGCAUUGAAUAGGAUAAAUCUUCAGCAGGAGAUGCAGGAGUUAGUGGGAACCAGCAAGAAGGAAUUGUUGGCAACUAUGCGUCAAGUUCUGGUUAAGAUGAAUGAUUCUACAGCAGCCUUAAAAGCCUAUGAAACCGCUUUGAAGGAAUCCCCCUACGAUGCCGAAUUGUUACAGGAAUUUCACCUGGCAGAGACGGAGCUCCUAACUAAGCCAGUUGAUGCUCAGCUGGAUGAUGAUAGCUCAGAUAUGUAUCAGAAGCUCUCCUGCUGCAGCGGUCGCUGUGAGUUACAUCCGGAGCUCCAGCUCUACUGCCUGUACAAUACCAAAGCUUUCCCCUUUUUGCGUCUGGCUCCCAUAAAAACGGAGAUACUCUCCCUUGAUCCAUACAUCGUACUCUUCCAUGAUGUGGUUUCCCCUAAGUAUAUGCAUGAUAUUCGUAAUGGAAGCAAGUCGUAUCUAUUACCAACCAGUACCUACAACCCCAAGGAGGGCAAGAGCAGAAUUGUCUCAUACCGUACUUCAAAAUCGGUGUGGCUACCUUGGGACCUGAAUAAUGCCACCAUGGGGAUCACCACCAUGUUGGAAGAUGCCACCUCACUGGACAUGAACAAAUCGGAGUUGUUUCAGGUGAUGAACUAUGGCGUGGGAGGUGUCUUUAAGAUCCAUCUUGAUCUACUGCUCAAGGACGAGGAACGUUUCAAUGGCACCGCAGACAGGAUAGCCACUGGCCUAGUCUACCUAAGCGAGGUUCAGCAAGGUGGCGGAACCACUUUUCCAUAUUUGAACCUCACUGUCUUUCCACAACCAGGAUCGGUUCUCUUUUGGUACAAUCAGGAUACCAGGGGAAAUGAGGAUACAUAUACUUCACAUGCAGGCUGUCCCGUCAUCGUUGGCUCCAAGUGGGUCAUGAGCAAGUGGAUCGAGGAUAUUGGACAGGAGUUCAGGAAGCCCUGCUUUGAUUUGGAAGAUCCUUAUAGCACAAAGUUAACAUCUUAGCCCCCUUAUUUUCAAUAUUAAUUCAUUUAAAUAUCAUA